GGCAGCGCGGAGGGCGGUGCCGGUGGCGGCGGCGCAGUGGCGCGGCGGCGGCGGGAUGAACGGGACGGGACGGGGGUCGUGCGAACGCGGCGGAGCUCUGCCGGCCGGGGUCCGGCCCCUGGUCAGCGCCCUGAUGUUCUCCGCCGGGCUCCUGGGCAAUCUCCUGGCCCUGGGGUUGCUGUUACGUUGCCGGCGCGGUUCCCGCAGCCGCCCGCCUUCCCUUUUCCACGUCCUGGUGCUGGCCCUGGUAGUCACCGAUCUGCUGGGCACCUGCUCCGUCAGCCCCUUGGUCCUGGCUUCCUAUCACCGCAACCGCACCCUGACCGCCCUCGCCCAAGGAGGACACAUCUGCCUCUACUUCGGCUUCGCCAUGAGCUUCUUCGGCCUCGCCACCAUGCUCAUCCUCUUCGCCAUGGCGCUGGAGCGAUGCCUGGCCCUGGGGCGGCCUUACUUCUACGAGCGCUUUCUCAGCCCCCGCACGGGCUUGGUCGCCCUGCCCGCCAUCUACACCUUCUCCGCGGCCUUCUGCUCCUUGCCGCUGGUGGGCUUCGGGCGGUACGUGCAGUAUUGCCCCGGCACCUGGUGCUUCAUCCAGAUGCACCUGGACUACCUCCGGCACAACGGCGGCGGGGAGGCGUCCGGGUCGGACGUCACCUUCUCGCUUCUCUACGCCACCCUGCUCCUCUUCCUCAUCCUCUCCGUGCUGCUCUGCAACCUCAGCGUCAUCGCCAACCUGGCCCGCAUGCACCGCCGCGGGCAGAAGACCCGCCGGCUGGCCACGCUCGAGCAGCCCCGGGCGGCCGGCAGCUGCGGCCGGCGCAUGUUGUCCAUGGCCGAGGAGAUCGACCAUCUCCUCCUCCUCUCCAUCAUGACCAUCACCUUCGUCAUCUGCUCCCUGCCGUUCACGAUCCGCGCCUACGUGAACAAGUUCAGCGAGGCGGAGGACAACCACAGCUGGGACCUCCUAGCCCUGAGAUUCCUCUCCAUUAACUCCAUCGUCGACCCUUGGGUCUUCGCCAUCCUGAGGCCGCCGGUCCUGCGGUUCAUGCGCUCGGUGCUGUGCUGCCAGGUGACCCCCGCGAGCCAGGACAGACGGACUCCGUCCCCCGCAAAGACAAAACUGGCAACACGGCUGGACCCCGGUGGGCAGUAGAUCCAUCGGCCAUUCCAGGAGACAUCUGCCAGGUGAAGCACAGCCCUGACAGAUGUUAACGAAGCUCUGCCUUACGGCCCGUAAAGAGACGUAUCUGCUGCAGGGUGGGCCAGGUACGGGUGGCCCGGCCGGGUGUCACCACGUGUCUGGGAAGCCCCUGGAAAGCCAGUGCGGUCUCUCACGGGGCAAAAAAAUACAGUGGGACAAGAUCGGAAGGGCUGAUGAGUACCUGGAUAUCGCUGUCGCCCUUAGACGGGGCUGCUCCCGC